AUGACCGCAAAACUUCGUGGGGGAGUUGCGUCCAGAGCAAUGCUUUCAGGCGUCCAAGAAUUUGAUAUGAUGCACUAUGAUGUUGGCGACUUGCGAUUAGCGCUUGAGAAACCAUGGACCAAUGCAGAGCUGGUCGCCCCAGAUUUUGGCAAUAGUUCCUCAUCUGCCAUUGAACGCCAGUCCAUCAUGUCGAUUCCAAACAGUCGUGAUAUGGCUCAAACUUGUUUUGUUGCUGCUUUGUGUUCCGCACAUUCUUGGCUUGGAGUGGGCGCCAAACGCUCGUAAAUAUUGACAUUUCCAAAGCCAGGUCCAAACCACCACAAGGGUUUGAAGAAGUGCAUGUCAUCAACGAUCGAGAUUUUGGAAGAAGUUCCAGUUCCACUUGA